AUGUACAGAUUUAAACUCUGUCUAAGUUAUUCACGUUUAGAUUAAUCUCUUUCAGCUUUUUUGAAAAAGUACAAAACAAAUUAAAAGAAUGUGAUUCAAGUAGACAAUAAAUUAUUGGAAUUUGAUAAAAGCACUUAAAGAUAACCAAAACCAAUCUAACCAUAAUUAACAAUCCCUUAAGAUGAUCAAUUAAAAUAGAAAUAUCUUUUACAAAGAGUGAAAGUAAUUGAUCUCAAUGAGAAGGACAAUUACAGUCAUUUCAAUAGAGCAUAAUAAUUGGCAUUAGAUAAAUAAGUAAAGUAAUUGGGAGAAGAUUAUAAAGUGGAAGCAGAAGUAUUAUAAUUACAAAGCAAAGGAGAAUUGUGUAAUCAUUCUAAUUAAUAUUAAAAGUGAUUGAUGACACAAAAUUACCAAAAUAAUUCUUGGCUACUCUCGAUUAGGAAAGAAAAAAAGGUAAGAGAAUGUUGAGAAGAUUCUUUGUGAAUGGAGAACAUCGUUAUAUGAAGGAAAAUAUAUAUAAAUUUAGAAAUGUGGCUGAGUGGAAGAAAUACAUGAGAUUUAAGAAGCCAAUGUUAAUUGAUUUAAAAAUGGAAUAAUUUAAGAGAUAUCCAGGUACAGAUUAAGGCAAAUAUCCUAUUUAAGAUAAACCAGGAUUUACAAGUAAAAUUUAAUAUCAAAUUUAUAGAGUGGUUUAGAGAAAAUCAUACUUAAAAAACAGUCAGAGCAAUUGAAUAUUUAGUCAGAAAAGGUUAUGGUAAAUUACCUGAAGCAUUUACUAAUAAAAGGGGUCAUAAAUCAAAGUCAAAAAGAGUUUUAGCUAAAAUUGAAUUAGAAGAGAGAUUAGAAAGAUUAAAGUAAGAAGUACAUGAAGAGUCAAAUUGGGAAACUGUAGCACCAGGACCAGCACUUUUUGUUUAAGAAACAAUGAUGGAAUAAUUAUUAAAAAGGAAUCCAAUAAAAGAUUUAGGUUUAAAUACUCAUAUCAAAAUUCAAACUCAUAUACCUGAAGGAGAAGUUCAACCAUUACCUGAAAAGUUUCCAUUAGAAAAGACUGAAUUAAUUUAUUAUUUGGAAAGAUGGUCAUUCUUCAGAUCAUUUGGAGCAUAUGAAUUAUUAAAAGAUUGUGUAACAGGUAAACUAUAACAACAGGAUAGUGUACCUGUUAAAUCAGGAUCCUUAAAUACAUAUUAUUAAACAUUACCUAAACAUAUUAGAGAAAAUCCAAAUGUUAAAAAUGUAUAUAGAGGAUUGGAAUUUGCUAAUAAUUAGAUGACUUUGGCUGAAAAAGAAAACUCUUUGAAUUAUGCUGCAAGAUUAUCUUGUUAAUUUGAUGAAUUAAAUCAAGAAGUUUAUGAUUAAGGAUCAUCUGGAUAUAGACCUAUGGUUUCAAGAUUCGAUGAAGAAAGAUUAAUGCAAGAUUAAGAAAAUGAACAUGUUGAUACUGCUAUUGUAUUUUCAAUUGUUAAUCAUUUUUUUAGAAUCCUGAUGUUGUUUUCAAGUAUUUAGAACAAAGAGCACACACUCCAAGACAUGUUGCUAAAGAUGAUGUUCCUCUACCUGAUUGGGCUGUAGAUAAAUCAGAGAGAGUAGAUGAUAUACCAGUUGAUUACUAUAUCAAUGAUGAUGGAUUCUGGGAUGAUUACAUUAAAGCUAAAGAAGAAAAACACCUAAAAGAUAGUCCAAUAAAUGGAGGAAAGAAAUAUUUUAGACAUAUUUGAA